AUGCCAACCGUGCGAGUCGAUCGAGUGGAUAAACCCGUCGGUGAACGCAGUCCACCGGCCGGUGAACCCGGCUCUAUCGUUGUCGGGUACUGGGACAUUCGGGGACUGGGAUCCCCGGUUCGCUGCCUGCUCUACUAUCUGAACCUCGAUUUCGUGGACAGGCGCUAUGUGCAGGGCGACUACAACGACGACGUACCUUUCUCGAGGGACGCGUGGUUGUCCGUGAAACACCGGCUUGGACUCGAUUUUCCAAACUUGCCAUACCUCAUCGAUGCUCGUGGUGAGCACGCAACGCGCCCGAUCGCCAUCACGGAGACACUUGCGAUUCUGCGGCAUCUUGCUCGCACGUACGGUCACCAGGUGAGCGAGUAUGCACUAGGCGCCAAUGAUCCAUACGUGGACAUGAUCGCGAAUAUCGUCAUGGAGUUGAAUGGCGCCACAGCGCGAGCCUGCUACGGCUCCCAGUCUGCAGACCAAGCCAUCCAGGUCUAUACGGAAAUGAUGGUGCCCAAAUUGGUAGCGCUAGAAUCCUACUGUCGUCGGCACAAAGUUGCAGCCUGCGCAAAGGGCUCCGAUCCCCGUUUUCUCUCUGUUCAGCAAACUGGCGGGUCUGAGCCGAGUUACGCGGACCUUUUCCUCGCAGAGCUGCUCGAUCACAUUGAGACCUGUUUGCCUGGCAGCUUGAAAGCGUUCCCGCAUCUUUCGCAGCUGCGUCAAAACGUGCACGGUUUGGAGCGGCUGCAGGAGUUUCUGAACUCACCGUCACGGGCUGGUCUCGCCUGCAAUAACAAGAUCGCAUUGAUCGGCAGCGGAAGCAAGAUGCCGCCUCCGGGCAAGCUGCCGCACCUGAAGCUCCCCGAAGAGGCCAUCGCUGCCGCCAGAGAUGCAGUUAUCCUAUCCAAGGAUCGAACGGAACGUUAA